CUGAGAAAACAAAACAUGUUGGCAAUGUUGGAGAUGAUUAAUGUAAUCAUUUUAUAUAUCGAAGUCAACAUUUGACAACUUUUAUUCAUUCUCAGAUUAAAAACAAAACUUGAUUCUUCAAGAAGUCAAGAUGGCAUCUAGUGUUACAGCUCAAUCAGUGUUGGAGAAGAUUAGUGUGGAUCAUCUAGAAUGCUCCAUCUGCACCAACCGUUUCAGGCAGCCCAAACUGCUGGACUGUUUGCAUAGUUUUUGCCUGCAAUGCCUUCAAGAGCUCAGACAGAGCCAAGAUCCUAGUGCUACAAAGCUGACAUGUCCUCUGUGCAGAUGUGAAACCAUGUUGAAAGGGUCUGGGGUUGCUGAUCUCCCGAAUAACUUUGCCUUCAGUGCCAUGGUGGAGGAAGUUACAAUGCAGGAAAAGCUACUGGAAGGUCAAGGGUCAGAGAUCAAAUGUCAAGCCUGUGAUGAGGAGAAUCAGGCUAUUUCAAGAUGCAUGAACUGUGAUCAUUUCCUCUGCCAAGAAUGUCACAAGGCACAUGGACGAAUGAAUUUGAUGAUGAAAUCUCACAAAAUCUACACACUGGCUCAACUUCGAUCAGGAGAGAUUGCCUACAAGAGUAAACUGAGAGAAGAAGUUCCCAAAUGUGGCGAGCAUCCAGAUCAGAAUCUCAAUGUCUACUGCAACACAUGUGAGCAAGUCAUAUGCACAACAUGCUCUGUACUUGAUCAUGCAAAACACUCACUCACUGGAUUACCUGAGGCCGCAGAAAAAUGUAAGAAGAAGGUCACAGAAAUGGUCCAAAAAAGUGAGCGAAGAAAAACAGAAAUGAGUACCACCAUAGAAGAGAUGUGCAAAUCUCUCAACGAGCUGGACACUGUGUUUGCAAAAACCCAAAAGAAAAUCUCCAAAAAGGCUCAACAGGAGAUUACAAAGCUCAAACAGGAGGUUGCAAAGAUCCAACAGGAAGAACAGAAAUUGAUGAAAGAGACAGAUAGGAUUCAUAAAGACAGAGUCAGAACAUUUGAAGCUGCUCAAGCUACCAACAGGAAAGAGGUGACACAGACAGAGCACAAGCUGGAGGAGGUGAACCAACUCAUGAAUCAAGCAAGUUGCUAUGAGAUUCUUGAACUUCAGCAGAAGCUCUUGCAUAACCUCAGUGAAUUGACAGGGAAACAGCCACAGCAAGUUCCUGACAAGUUGACCUUCAUGGACUUUGAAGAAGGUGAGAGGUCACUUGGGAGACUCAUUCUGGAGGAAGAACAAAAGGCUGCAGCAAAGCAAUCACGAAGACCUGCACGAUCAUGUGUGAAGGAGAAAUGGGAACUGAAGACUGAAUUCAAGAACUUUAUAUUAGGAAAUACACAGAUACGACAUGUGUCAGCACUCUCUGACAAUAACAUAGUAUUAACCAAUUUGAAUAAUACACUAUUCACAGUAUCACUGACCAAUAGUCAACAUACACCAUCUCCUAUCCCACAAAGGCUACAAAUCAAUGGCCUCACUAAUUUAAGGUGCAUUGCAGUGAGCAAGGAUGACAAGCUCCUUGCUCUAGAUAUUCCAGUAGUCAAGGUCUUCAACAAGCAACAUCAGCUCCUCCAUCAGUUCACACCAGGUAGAGGGUCAGACAGCAUACCAACAUGCCUUGCAGUGGAUGACAGCAAUCUGAUAGCAGUGGGUUACGAAGGCAAGAAGGAGAUAUCUCUACACAACCCAGAUGGAUCCCUCAUCAGGAGACUGCCUGCUCCAUUGAUUCACUAUCAUCUAACAAUGCACAAUCACCGCCUUAUCUACACAACAGGACUGAACAAAAGGUUGGUAUGUGUAGACUUCUAUGGUGCCAGUGUAUUCUCAGUAGACAUGACCAGCAACAUGCAGAGGGGUCGGUGCCCUACUGGUGUGUGCUGUGACAGUGAUGGCAGCAUCUAUGUUGCUGUGGAUGGAUUUCCAACAGGUGAUAUUCUGCAUUACAGUCCUGAUGGCAAGAAAAUUGGAUGUGUGAUCAAGGGAUGUGGUUAUCCAUGGAGCAUCACAUUCACAUCAGGUGGUGAUCUGGUAGUGGCUGCAGGAGAGUCUGUACAGGUCUAUCACCGAGUGUGAGGACAGAAUAAUUAAACUGG